UAAAUCAAAAACAAACCCAUAAAUUCAGUAACACCCUGCACGUCCAUUUAUCAUGUUGCCUGAACCAGCCAUCAACACUCACCGGACACGCAACUUCAUCGUUCUUCUUCUGCUAGGACUUAUAUCCGUUGCGAGUUCAGAUGAGUUCGAGCUUUUGUUAACUCUCAAAACUGCCUUAUCCGAAUCAAAAACAAAAGUAUUUGACUCAUGGAACUCAAAUAAUUCUAUAUGCAACUUUACUGGAAUCACUUGUGAUGAUACUUUAUCAUCAGUUAAAGAAAUCGAGUUAUCGAAUCAGAAUCUUGUUGGUUCGUUUCCUUUUGAUUCCAUAUGUCAACUUAACCUGUUACAAAAGCUUUCUUUUGGGUUCAAUAAUCUGCACGGUUUUGUAACACGAGACCUCAACAAAUGCUCGAAGUUAACUUACUUGGAUCUCGGAAAUAAUUUGUUUUCGGGUUCCUUUCCUAGUAUAUCUUCCAUGAAUGGGCUUUUAUAUCUUUACGUGAAUAAUAGCAGAUUCACAGGAGCUUUUCCAUGGGCUUCACUAGAAAACAUGACAAAGUUGGUCGUGUUAAGUGUCGGAGACAAUCCAUUUGAUCAAACUCAUCAGUUUCCAAAUGAAGUUUUGAACUUGACCCGUUUGAACUGGUUAUACAUGUCAAAUUGUCGUAUUGGGGGUGAGAUUCCAACUGGUAUAGGCGAACUCACAGAGCUAAGAAAUUUAGAGAUUUCAAUGAAUAACAUAACUGGAGAGAUCCCAAGUGAAAUUGGUAAGCUAGUGAACUUAUGGCAGCUUGAGCUUUACACCAAUAAUCUGACGGGUAAACUUCCAAUCGGGCUACGUAACUUAACUAACCUUGAAGUUUUCGAUGCUUCCAUGAAUUUUCUUCAAGGGGAUCUUACUGAAAUUAAGUUUUUGACUAAACUCAAAAACUUGCAGUUAUUCGAAAAUGAGUUUGUUGGUGUAGUUCCCCCCGAAAUAGGAGUAUUUAAGCAACUUGUAUACUUAGUGUUGUUUCAAAACCAAUUAACUGGGCCGCUUCCUAAGCAGCUUGGUUCGUGGUCUUAUUUUAACCUUAUAGACGUGUCUGAAAAUUUUCUCACUGGAGAAAUUCCUCCGGAUAUGUGCAAGAAUGGGAAGAUGACUAAACUACUUUUACUUCAGAACAACUUCACGGGUCAGAUCCCGAGAAGUUAUUCUGAUUGUAAGACACUAACUCGGUUUCGUGUGAGUGACAACAUGCUUUCUGGUGUUGUCCCUAAUGGAAUAUGGGGGCUUCCUAAAGCUGAAAUUAUUGAUAUUGCUAAUAAUUUUUUGGAAGGAAGUAUUACAUCAGAUAUACAGAAUGCAAAAACAUUGGGGCAGAUAUUUGCAGCUCAUAAUCGUUUAUCUGGUGAAUUAGUACCCGAGAUUACAAAGGCUAAUUCGUUGGUUAUGAUUGAUUUAAGUCAUAACUAUAUUUCAGGGAAAAUACCAGAAGCAAUAGGUAAUCUAACAUCCCUUCUUUAUAUAAUUCUUGAUGACAAUAUGUUUCAUGGAACCCUCCCACAGUUACCUAUCAACAUAAUUGCAUAUUCUAUAAACAAUAAUACAAUUGUAGGAGAAAUCCCAUCUUCUUUUUGCAAUUCAAGAUUUUUGCAAGUUUUUCAAGUGUCACAUAAUUACAUUAGCGGUACACUUCCACAUUGUUUUUGGAAUGAUAGUUUACUGACUAGCCUAAACCUAUACGAUAACCAAUUACAUGGACCGGUGCCAAGAAGCCUUAUGCAUUGUGCAUUUUUAGAAGUGUUGAAUCUUGGUGAGAACAUGUUAAGUGACAUGUUUCCGUCCUGGCUUGAUGCUCUUCCACAACUACAAGUUCUUGUCCUUAGAAAUAAUAUGUUUCAUGGCACUGUCCAGACCUUAACGAACAUUCAAUCUCCCUUUCCCCAACUAAGAAUCCUUGACCUCUCUGGAAACAUGUUUACGGGUCAUUUGCCAUGGAAGUAUUUUGAGAAAUUUACAGCGAUGAUGGAUAUUAGUGUUGGACAAGACCGUGUACCAGAAUACAUGGGUGGAGAUGGAUUAUAUACAGAUAGCGUAGAGCUUGUUGUGAAAGGAAUGGAAUUGACAUUUGAGAGAAUUCUCACAGUGUUGACAACUAUUGACCUCUCAAACAACAAAUUCGAAGGAGAGAUUUCAAAUAGCUUUAGAAUGCUGAACUCUCUUCGUUAUCUCAACCUAUCUCACAACCAUCUCAAUGGAAAAAUCCCUACAACAUUUGGAAACUUGACAAAUCUCGAGUCUUUAGAUCUAUCUUUGAACAAGCUCAAUGGAAAGAUCCCUUCAGAGCUAACUAGGCUAACCUUUAUGGCGUUUUUUAACGUUUCAAGCAAUCAACUCAGUGGAACCAUACCUCGAGGGGGACAAUUCAAUACAUUUGAAAACACUUCAUACCAAGUAAACCCGAUGUUGUGUGGAUUUCCUUUGACAAAAAACUCUGGAGGCAAUGAUGACCGGACUAGUCCAUUGUUAGCAGAACAAGAAGAUGCUUCAGCCUUUUUUGAAGGGUUUACUUGGAAAUCUGUUGUCAUGGGAUAUGGAUGUGGUAUUGUAAUUGGUAUAAGUUUAGGAUAUCUUAUGUUCAAAACCCGAAAGCCAAAAUGGGUUAUGAAGAUAGUUAAUGAGCAAAAGCAAGCAUAGAGAUGUUGAGCAAAAGAUUAGAACCAAGACGACUUGAUCAAAUACAAGUAGUAC